AUUGGUGCCCUAGGUUCAAGGGGGCGGGCUUUCAGGUGCGGGUGCGCGCGCAGCGGUCGCGUCAGUCCGGCUGCGACCUGCUCUUGGCGGCCGGCCUCCGAGUCACCGCGAUGGCGGCCUUCGUUCUGCUGCGGCAAGGGCGAGCCGGUGCGCUGAAGACUCUGCUUCUAGAAGGGCAAGUGUUUCGAGGACUUGCGUCUACAGCUUCUCUCUCUGCAGAAUCAGGAAAGAGUGACAAGGGACUGCCACCAAAUUCCAAGAAACAAAGUCCACCAAAAAAUGUAGUGGACCCAAAAGAGAGGGGCAAGCUACUAACCACCCCAACAGCAGCUGAAUUGUCUAAAAACUUAACUUCACCCAGUUCUUACUCGUCAGUUGUGAAUCAAGGUGGGACAGUAGCCAGCCCUAACCCUGGUGACAGCAUGCUGUUCACAGAUGCCGGGGUCGCAAAGGUUUUGUCAAGAAAGACUUUGGUAGAGUUUCCUGAAAAAGUUCCAUCUUCAUUCAGAAAACAGGGCUCCGAUGCAGAAGCUCUUCAGAAGAGCAAGAGAGUGACGGACAGUUCCUCUUCAUCAUCAUCUUCAUCCAGCUCCUCUGAUUCAGAGUCUGACGAGGAGAGAGAUGGCUCAGAAGUUGAUUCUCAACUGGUGAGCAAAGGCAAAGGAAGGGUUUCAAAAUCAGAGGCCUCCCCUUCCUUUGAAAAUAGAGCCUCCAAAAUUUCAACAUCAGCAAAAGAGAAAACCUGGUCACCACAGCCGCAACUGGACCUCCCCUUGCCAGAAAAGCCCCAUCCGGCAAAGAAAGGGACCUCCGUUAUGCCAUUAAAGGACAGGAAAGAUGAAGCAAAACCCACAGUGCCCAAGUCACAAGUAGGUGAAGAGGGUAUGAAGCAAAAUGUACAGGAAAAAAAACUGCAGAAAAUGGUUAGCUCGAAUAAAAUAGAUGAAAGCCAAAAGCCAUUUGAAGGUAAAAAAAUCUCAUCUGACCAUACAAAAUCAGGGUCAUCUACACAACCGACUGGUGGCCCAGUGCCCACUCGAUUGACAGAAGAAACCACUGCAGGAAGACGGCUGCAAGCAACUCCUCCUGAGCCCAGAGGAAGAAACUUAGAAAAACAAGUCCCAGAGCCUGAUGGGGAGGUGCCUUUGUUCCCAUUCAAAAAAGAAAAUUUGGGGAAGCAGGUGAUAGAAAGACUCUCACAGGCUAACAAAGAGAUUUUGGAAGAUCGGGUACCAAUGAAAAAUUUGAAGCCAGUUCCUGUUCCUAAUAAAGGCGUUUUCCAUGAAAAGACAACAAUACUAAAGCGUGAGGCAAAGGGUGAAAUCAUGGAGGACUCAGCAACCCAAGUGGGAGACCAGCAGGACACACAGGUGCCAGCGCUUACCAGACUGCUCAGGACCUCAAGAACUGCAUUGCCUAACGCUCCUGUUUCAGCCAUUGUGUUGUCAUGAGGAAUACCGAAACCUUCAGGAGGAAAGCAGAAUUUGGGGUUUUCAGAUUGCACAUCUUUUUGAAAAAACUUUGCUCCUAACUUUCCAUGGAUGUGUGAAUUUUCCAAUAUUCUCUUUGCCCUUUGGAGUUGAGUGAUGCCAUCCAGGAGCACAGAGGUUGUGUCUGUGCAGUGGGCUGAAUGUCACUAAGUCCACCCGGCUCCGUGCUUUCCAAGGGGAUCGGUUUUUGAUAAGUUUUCUAUAUCCCUGUUUACCUUCACUUUGAAGAUGCCCCUACACCACAUCGAAGAUACUCGACUCGUGGAGAUUGGAAAG